AUGUGAUUGGUUGGGGUUAUUUAUGUGAUUGAUUGAUGUGAUUGGUUGAUGUAAUAGAUACAAUGAGUGAUCUGUGUGUUGGCAUUCUUCAUGUGAUGGAGCCAUUGGAGUGGGGCGUGAUCGGACCACAGGGAAAAAGGGCACCCCAGUAGGUAGUACCAAUGGGUGAGGACCGCCCACUUGAUGGCCAGACACUCCUUCUCAAUCAAGCUGUACUUGGUUUCCCUUACCGAGAGUGUCGGGUGCUCCUGCCCCUGCACCACCUGGAACAAAACGGCCCUCAGCCCAUCUUGUCAGUCUAUAGAACAAAAUGGAGAGAUAAGUCAGAGGCAGAAGAGGAACCAGAGGAGGAAGAAGCCUUCAGACAGGAGGAUGAAGAGCAGCAGGAAUACACGGAUUAUCAAGAAGAAAACCUGGAAGAAGAGGAGGAACGGCCACGUCCCAGGCCGAUGGUUCCUCAACUCGCUCCUCCGAAGAUCCCUGAAGGACAAAAAGUCGACUUCGAUGACAUUCACAGGAAGAGGAUGGAGAAAGACCUGCUGGAGCUACAGACACUGAUUGAGGCUCACUUUGAGCAGAGGAAGAAGGAGGAGGAGGAGCUGAUCGGACUGAAAGAGCGAAUUGAGAGACGGCGCUAUGAGAGAGCCGAGCAGCAGCGUGUCCGAGCCGAGAAAGAGCGAGACCGGCAAACACGCAUCGCUGAGGAACGUCAGAGGAAGGAGGAUGAGGAGGCGAAGAAGAGAGCAGAUGAUGAGGCUAAGAAGAAGAAAGUUUUGUCCAACAUGGGAGCCAAUUUUGGUGGCUUCCUCACUAAGGCGGAGCAGAGACGAGGGAAGCGUUUGACUGGGAGGGAAAUCAAGCGGAAAACUUUAUCAGAAAGACGAACAGCUCUCGGCAUUGACAAUUUGAGAGAGGACGGACUGCGGCAGCGAGCGCAGGAGAUGUGGGAGUGGAUUUAUCAGCUGGAGUCAGAGAAGUUUGACUUAAUGGAUCAGAUGAAGAGGCAGAAGUACGAGAUUGUGGUCCUGCUCAACAGGAUUUCACACGCCCAAAAGUUCAAAAAGGUCCAUGGAAAGGGAAAAGUGGGAGGUCGCUGGAAAUAAACUGACUUGUUCAUAUAAAGCAGAAGUUAAAAAACGGAUGAAGAAAAAACAGAAAUGAAAUUAGACAUGAAAUGGAAUGAAAAAACCUCUUCCUCUUCACUCAUUCACAGAAUCUGCACUCGUCUUUAAUGUCCAAAAGGAAGUCUUCAGAAUAAAAACAUUCUCUAAUCUA